GUAGUCCCUAAUGCAAUCAUGCAGCUCAUUUUUAGUUUUUGAAGUGAAAACGGACACCUAACCAUUCCCUUCUGCUUCGCCUCGGAAACCAAGAAAGACCACAAGAUGACGGUCAAAAAGCAAGUAGAACUUAACGACUACGGAUAUCCUGCUUCAAUACCGUUGACUGAUACACUAAACAAAGAAAGUCGGGACCAGUCUGGUGCCUGGGCACCCUGCCAAGGUUCAAAGAUGCUCACUAGCGGGAAGGGUCCUCUCUCUGAAGAAGAAGCCAUCAUCCAAAUGAAAAAGUUCUUCGAUACCUACUACGCAGACGUGGAGAAUUCCAAACCUACUUUAGCAAAAGAUGAAAGAGUAGCUGAAGCAUUAAGUACGAUGGAAGCCACUGGAGAUUACGAGCACACCUUUGAUGAGCUCAGUUGGGCUGCUAAAACUGCUUGGAGAAACGCACCACGCUGUGUCGGGCGUAACAUCUGGAAAACCUUGACAGUGGUUGACGAGAGAAACGCACUAUCGUGCCCGGAUAUCUUCGAUGCUAUCUGCAAAAAUCUGAGGGUGGCUUUUAACGGUGGUCAGAUAAACCCAUCUGCCAUUGUAUUCCGUCAACGAUACAUGAAAGACAAAGAUACACCGGGAAUAAGAGUUUGGAAUGGCGUUCUGCUUGCUUUUGCAGGCUUUGUGAAGGAAAAUGGAGAUAUUAUAGGCGACCCUAAGAACGUCUAUCUAGCUAACCUUGCCAAAAGUUUGGGCUGGAAGCCUAAAAGAGGUCCGUUUGAGUUGCUUCCCAUCAUGAUAUCAGAUGCCAAUCAAAAUACGGAGGUAUUCGAGCUACCGAAUGACAUCAAAGGGUACAUGGUCGAUAUCACUCAUCCAAAAGAGCCAGAAAUUACUAAGCUGGGUCUACGAUGGUAUGCAAUACCUUCAGUCAGCUCAAUGAUGCUGGAGGCGGGAGGUAUCCAAUAUACCUGCUCACAAAUCGCAGGUUUCUUCCAGGACACUGAGAUUUCUGUGAUGAAUCUGCUGGCUGAGUCUAGAUACCAUCUAAUGGAACCUAUUGGGAGGGCAUUAAAGUUGGAUGUCUCCAUGAACUCUACCUAUUGGAAAUGCACAGUGGCUACGGAAUUGACAAGGGCAGUUUACCACAGCUUCAAGCUUGCUCGCGUCUCUAUGAUUGAUCACUUGACACUAGCAGACAACUUCAACUCGUUUAUGAAAGAAGAAGUGAGGACAAGAGGAGGGUGUCCCACAGAUUGGCUCUGGGUGGUCCCACCCAUGUCAGGUGGUCUAGUGCCCACCUUUCAUCACGAAUACUUGCGGUAUGCCCUAUCACCAUCAUAUGAGUACCAAGCAGGUCCGGAGAUGUUCUUCAGGAAACGUCGGAACAAAUUUUCUUUUCGUGCGGUGGUUAGAACGUCCAUGUACUUCCUUGAAAUGAUGAGCAAACGUCUCAAAGAGAGAAAACGAGUUGCAAUGGUGUAUGCCACAGAAGGGGGCACUGCUUUAACUUAUGCUAGGGCCGCUGAGUCACUUUUUGUUAAGGCAUUCAAUGUGUCUAUCGUUCCGGUCACUGCAAUCACCAAUAAGGAGGGUCUUCAAAAGUGCAUCGAUUGCUCUGAUAUCGUCAUAAUCAUUGCCUCUCCGUUUGGAGCUGGGGGAGCCCCUUCAAUCGCUGAGGAAUUUCACAGAAACCUUCUCAACAAAGUUUAUCGUUUUGAUGGCAUAAAAUACGCUGUGUUUGGGCUGGGAUCUUCUCAAUACAUAGAGACGUUCGCAAAUUUUGGAAAACUUCUAGAUAGAGAAAUCGAAACAGAAGGAGGAACACGAAUCACUGAUGCUGGUUUUGGUGAUGAUCAAGCGAACCAAAAGCUAGCAUUCGAUGAUUGGAUUAAAGCACUGUAUGUCAAAUGCUGCAAUGAUUAUCUGCCAAUGGGUGGAAAGUCACAAGGUACUGCUGUCGAAGGAGUGACCGCUAAGAAAGUUUACAGAUGGAGAUACAGCAACAAGAGGAGCCUGAACCAGUGUUUCCAAGAGAUGAUAGAUUCUCAUGAAAAGAUUUUCGAGUUCACAUUAAAGGAAAAAAUAAAUCUGUCUCCUGAGGGGGCACCAGAAAAAUACUACUUAUGGUGGUUAUGCCAGGAUAUGUGGCUCUAUACGGGUCUUUACAACAACAACUUACUUGUCCUGUCAUACGAACCAGAAUCCAGCGAUGACAAGGAACUAUUUCUUCCUGGGCAGCACAUAGGAAUCUUCCCUAAGAACCUGUCGACUGAAAAAGAAAGGGUUGCACGAAGUCUUUCUGAUGUUCCGUUCGGCAGUAUUCCAUUGAUACUUGAAGAGAAGAUAGCAAUCCAUGAGCCGUGGCGACAAUGGAAUCCAAAUUAUUCAGGACUGACCAUUGACGAAUUCCUUGGCACUGUAGCAGACCUCAAAAGAAUUCCAGCUAACUUAGAUGCCAUUUUUGAGAAAAACAUGGUGAAUGGUGAGAACGGAAACAAAAACGACAUAGCAGAAGGGGAGAACGGAAACAAAACAAGCAAACCAACGGAUAACGCAGGCGAAUUUGACAGUGCAAAGUUCAUCGGGGAAAUGCCUACAAUCAAGAGACGGCUUUUUAGUAUAGCCUCUUGUCAAAAUGAUGGUCACACCGUGAACAUUUUGAUUGCCAUGCAUGAAUUCAUGAAAGACGGAAAGACAGUAGGGGGUUUGACCUCUAAUUUUGUGAGAAGCGCCUCUCUGGGUGAGAAGAUUGAGGGAUACUUCUCCAAGAGUGACGAGCAAAUGAGGCUGCCCCAGGACUCAAGCCUUCCUUUGCUCCUUGUGUCGGCUGGAUCUGGCUGGGCUCCCUUCCAGUCGUUUGUUAAUGCCAGGGAACGAGAUGCCCGUUCAGGUAUUAAGACAGGGCCAAUUUACAUCUUCCACGGCUGCAGAUACAAAGAACAUGAUUUCCUUGGCUCACUGCUGGAGGAUGCUGCUACUGUGCUCAACAUAGAGACCUUCAGAGCCUACUCCAGAUCUGAGCCCGGUCAAGAUGGGAAAACAGCGAGAAAAGCAGGCCCUAAGAUCUUGUUAGAGAAGAAAGGUUAUGUCCAAGAUCUCAUAGCAGAGCAAGGAGAGGUGGUAGCUAGAGUGUCUCGGGAUGGUGGUCACAUGUACUCGUGUGGAGGAAGUGGGGUGGUGGCUGGAGUCAGGGAUCAACUGGAGACGACUCUGCUGGAGCAAGAGUGUGUUUCACUACAGGAGAUGAUCUCUAGCAAACGCUACCAGGAGGAGAAAUUCGGUUGAACAUUUUACGAACUUUUUAUGAAGGUGCAUGGACAGUCUUUUCAAUAGUUUACCUACCUUUUUUACAUUAAUAACAGAUUAUGAUAGAGAUCAACUUCAGCUAGCAUGGAUUGACAGAAUUGCUUUUUAGAUAUAUUAGCAAGUGAUACGAGAAUGUAAAGUUCGGCGGAAUCUUUUAAGAACUUCUAGGGUCUUCAGAUCAUGAGAGUGCAUGGAAAUUAUUGAAUUUUCAAUUAGAUUCUUUCAGUUUUAAGAUAGUUUCUGAUUUUUCUG